UUUCAGAAUUUGAAGCAAUUUAUGCAGUAUGCCUUCCUGGGACAAAGCGUCAACGUCAUUUGCCUAUCGCUCUGAUCCAGAGCUGGCAAGAAUAAGACCGGUACCACCGCUAGAGGUCCAACCACCAUCGUUCAUGCGCUAUCGCCCACCGGACAGUUAUUCACGUAUCCCACUAUGUCCUCGACCGACAACAUGGAAGAGACAAGCAAUCUUAGUCGUUCUUUGUUUAUCGAUAUCGUUAGGAACUACCUUAGCUUAUGUUGGUGCGCAAGCUUAUGAUCAAGUUGAUACGUAUCUUAACGAUUUGAGAAAUCAACGAAAUAUUGAUCCGUUUAUGUGAUAAGAGUU